GUACUUCCAGGGGCACACACAUUUCAACUCGGAGUGCCCCUGCUGUGAAUGAAAUGAACUUGCCAUCCAGAGAGCAGUGUGAUGGGUGGGACCAGCGCCAAGUGGCCUUAUUUAUGGGAAAGAACAAUACGGAAGACUGUGCUGCAGCUGUCAACAGAAUGAAAAUAUGGGGACAGAAACUCAUGACCAUAUCAGAUGGCGACAUGAGCAAGUUCCAUCGACCGCAGCUUCAAAAGAUUGCUCAGGACAUCCAGAAGAAUGAUUCCAGCUACCUGAAUAAAUUUAGAAGACUGAAAAGCAAACCAGGUCCAGAGGUACCUGUGAGAGACUACAGAGAUGAAGACAUGGUGGGUCCAGAGGAUGCGUCUGAACCAGACUAUGAUAAUGAAAUGUACGACAAUCCACAAGAGCACGAUAUCAACUAUGAGCCGCCUCCCAGCCAAAAAGUCUUCACCAGAACCUCUUCUUCAUCCUUCCUAACGGGGGAUUAUCUUGACAGCUGCCAUAAUGGGCCAAAUCUGGGACACAAAAAGGCCUUCAAACGGGGCAAAGAAUCUCGACAACUGCCCCCGGAACCCACACAAAUCGACAGUCAUGACGCAGACUACAUCAGUCCAGAUGGCAAUACCGAGGAUGACAACUAUGUGGAACCUGAAGACAAUCCCACUGCAGAUGCUAAGAUGUUUCAUACAAACAGAACCAUGAAAGGCCACCCCGUAUCCCAACUAACUUUACCAAAGUGUCAACCCAGUUCAGAUUUUUAUGAAGUUCCAGACCAAGAGGCUCAUGUUUCGGCAUACAGAGUACAAAUGAUGAGAUCACCCUGUGCUGAGCAUCAGGCUGAAAGUGACUCGUCAUACGAAGUGUGGGAUCAUGACGACAAGCCAGCCAAACAUUUGCCAAGAGAGUCAGCAAAACCUCCCUUAAGGCUGGCACAAGCUAAAAAGCUGAGAGCCUUUGAGCGUCGAACACUACCAAUGAUUGACCCUGAUCGUAAAGCACAUCCUCCAAAAGCGCUUACUCUGGAUAUGAAACGGCCAAAGGCACCUUUUCCAAACGCUACCUUCCUCAAACAAACUGACAGCAAAUCUCUUGAAAAUGGGGCCACAGACCAAGACAAGGAUUCAGAGGUGUAUGAGAAGCCAUGGUUUGCUGGGGAAUGUGACCGUAAGACUGCAGAAGAGCUGUUGUUUCAUGCAAACCAAGACGGGGCCUUCAUGGUGAGGAAGAGUUCCAGGCAGGACACAAAUCAGCCCUACACAUUGGUGGUGUAUUAUAAAGGCAGAGUGUACAACAUCCCAAUCCGGUUGAUACACAUGCACACAAGACAGCAGUAUGCACUGGGGAGGGAAAAGAAAGGAGAAGAGUAUUUCCACAGCGUCUCUCACAUCAUCGAAAACCACCAGAAGAACCCUCUGGUGUUGAUUGACAGCAAGAGCAACAGCAAGGAUUCUGCCAGGCUGCGUUUUCCUGUGAAACAACCAACCACAUCUGGACAUCACUGCCAGGCUUCUAACGCAUUCUAACACUUGUCUGUGAUGCCCGCGGGAUAAGCAGGCUCGCCAUGGGGCACUGAAUUAGCAGACUCAGAAGACUUUCAACAUGUUUAUUGAGAUGCUUUGCAAUUCUCCAGCAGUAUUCAAAUUAACAAAAAGGCUGAGAAAGUGUUGCUUGAGCAGAAGCAGGAUUUUUUUUCUUU